AUGUCAGAGCUCCGCCAGCGACCGACGGCGAAAGCCAGUAAGGAAUCAGACGCAUCACAGCCCCGACAGCAAUCCCGAGACGAACCAGACCAUGGAAUCAGCCUGCUAGAUGUGAUCCGCGUUAUUGCGAUUCUAGUCAUUGGAUCACUAGGUCUCUCCUACUAUAUGACCGAUUCUGAGUCCGUGUUAUGGGGUUAUCGACCAUGGUAUACACGGUGGCCAGUGGUGAAGCAGUGGGUGCAAGGUCCAGUGACCCUCACGCCCAGCCAACUAGCGCUCUACAAUGGAACCGACCCGACACUCCCCCUCUACGUGGUUGUCAACGGGACCGUCUUUGACGUCUCGGCGAACAGGAUGAUCUACGGCCCGGGCGGGAGCUACAACUUCUUUGCGGGACGGGACGCAACGCGCGCAUUCGUCACAGGCUGCUUUAAGGAGGAUCUGACGGCGGAUAUGCGUGGGGUGGAGACCAUGUACGUGCCUGUGGAGGAUAUCGAGGAAUCCUUGACGUCGGGGCAGAAGAAGAUUCGACGUGAUCGGGAAUUGCGAGAGGCCAAGGCGAAGGUCGAUGGUGCAGUGAGGCGGUGGGUGUUGUUCUUCCGCAACCACAAAAAGUAUUUCGAGGCGGGUAAGGUGGUCGAGAACGAGGUGACUGGGGAGCCGUGGCCGCUUUGUGAGAGUGCGCAGAAACAAAGACCGAAGAGGAGUGCGAUGGAGUCGUAG